AUGGAUAAAUAUAAGGACGGGCCAAAGGACAAGACGCCGACCCUUCUUUUACCGUUGUCGUUUGGAGUCUCGUCACUAUCGCUGCUUCAUUUACUCGACGACCAACUCGCACACCAGCGAGGGAACGAAUAUAAGCGAGUCCCCUACAAGCUCCAUAUCCUCUCUGUGCAGUCGCCUACCUUGGAUGCGCCCGAGGGGUCAGAUACCACUAGGCUAGGGCUUUUGAGGUCUGCCUUUCCGGAGCACACUUUUACGGAGAUUCCUUUCCAUUCUAUUUUCCGGUACGACAAGAAUGUGGCAGAGUUCAUGCUGCAACAUUCUACUGGUAGUGAGAUAAAUAAUACAUCAGUAUCAGACGAGGAUCGGCUUGAGGCAUUCCGUUCUUCACUUUCCACAAUGACCUCUCGAGCGGACUUUGAUGGUGUACUGCUGAGAAAGUUGGUUGUUGCCUUUGCCAACUCUGAAGGCUGUGAUGGUGUCCUCUGGGGUGAUUCAGACACUCGGCUUGCGGCAAAAACACUAGCAGGAGUUGCAAAUGGUAGGGGAACUGCCUUGCCUUGGGAAGUAUGUGACGGCCCUACUCCGUGGGGAGUGCAUUUCACAUUUCCUGUCAGAGAUAUUUUCAAGUCGGAGCUAGUACAGUAUGCGUCUGCUCGGUUCCCUGAUCUGCUCUCAAAGAUAGGGUCAAAGGAACCCAAAAUUCUCAAUGAACAGGCAACAAAGAACAUGUCUAUCAGUGACUUGAUGACGCAGUACGUUGAACAGCAGGGGGAGAAAUACCCGGGUGUCAUGGCGAACAUUGUGCGGACAAUCGAUAAGCUACAGCCGUCGCCAUUACAUUCCGGGCUACAAUGUGUUUACUGUGGAGUACCCUUAGAAUCGGCACAGAUGGAUCCCGCGACUCUCAGCAUACUUGAAGAGCGCGAUCUCACAAGUGAUAAGGACGUGAACAGCAAACCUACCUGUUAUGGCUGUGCAAGGACCUUUCUUGAUUUCAAACUCCCAACUCCUGCAUCCAAUAGCUGA